GGACGGCACCUAACAGCAACCCAGCUGGCGCCCGCCUCUGGACUUGGCUGGCCAGACACUUUGUUCCCGGGGCCAUCGAGGUCGGGGGGAGCCAGGAUACGCGGAACAUGGAGACCGGCAUCCCAGCCUCGGAGCAGCCUGGCUGCACCAAAGGGGAUCCGCAGGUUUGCUGCCUUGAGGAUACCGGGGGCGCUGAGGCUGUGCCGGCUGCAGAGUGGGAGAACCCUGAAGACGGUGGACCCCAAAAUGAGCCGGGCUGCUGCAACCUGGAGCACUCUGGGCAGCUGAUGGCUUCCUUUGAGGGUGAAGCAAGGGGAUACCAGGUGCCUCCCUUUGGCUGGCGCAUCUGCCUGGCUCACGAAUUUGCAGAGAAACGGCAGCCCUUUAAGGCCAGCAACGUCUCCCUGGGCAACAUGCUCAAGCAUGUGGGCAUGGGCUUGAGGUACUUGCGAUGGUGGUACCGGAAGACCCGGCUGGAGAAGAAGACACCGUUCAUCGACAUGUUUAACUGCGUGCCCUUGAGGCAGAUCUAUGGUUGCCCGUUGGGUGGCCUCGGGGGAGGUACCAUCACCCGUGGCUGGAGAGGUCAGUUCUGCCGUUGGCAGCUCAACCCUGGAAUGUACCAGCACCGGACAGUCAUUGCUGACCAAUUCACGGUGUGCUUGCGUCGGGAGGGACAGACCGUGUACCAGCAAGUCCUGUCCGUGGAGCGCCCGAGCGUGCUGCGCAGCUGGAACUGGGGCUUCUCUGGGUUUUUUGCCUUCUACCACGCCCUGUACCCCCGAGCCUGGACGGUUUAUCAGCUUCCCGGCCAGAACGUCACCCUCACCUGCCGGCAGAUCACGCCCAUCUUACCCCAUGACUAUCGGGACAGCAGCUUGCCAGUGGGAGUCUUUGUGUGGGAUGUGGAAAAUGGAGGGGAUGAAGCCCUGGACGUGUCCAUCAUGUUCUCCAUGCGGAACGGACUGGGGGACGAGGAUGACGGCCCCGGGGGGCUGUGGAACGAGCCCUUCUGUCUGGAGCGUGACGGAGAAACUGUACAGGGGCUACUGCUGCAUCACCCAACCCCCCCAAACCCCUACACGAUGGCUGUGGCUGCACGACUCACGGCAGAUACCACGGUAACCCACAUCACAGCCUUUGACCCUGACAGCACCGGGCAGCAGGUGUGGCAGGAUCUGCUUCAGGAUGGACGGCUGGACUCCCCCGCUGGCCGAAGCGCUCCCUCUCAGAAAGGAGCAGGCGUCGCAGGGGCUGUGUGUGUAGCAGGCAAGCUACCGCCUCGAGGCCGAUGCUGCCUGGAGUUCUCACUGGCUUGGGACAUGCCCAGGAUCAUGUUUGGAGCCAAGGGCCAGGUCCACCACAGGCGGUACACGAGGUUCUUCGGUCGAGAUGGCCACGCAGCACCUGCCCUCAGCCACUACGCGCUGUGCCGCUACGCAGACUGGGAAGAGAGGAUCUCAGCCUGGCAGAGCCCAGUGCUGGACGACAGAUCCUUGCCGGCUUGGUACAAAUCGGCACUCUUCAACGAGCUCUACUUCCUGGCCGACGGAGGCACGGUGUGGCUGGAGGUGCCCGAGGACUCCCUCCCGGAGGAACUGCAGGGGCACAUGAGGCAGCUUGGGCCCACGCUGCGGGAGUACGGGCGAUUCGGCUACCUGGAGGGCCAGGAGUACCGCAUGUACAACACAUACGACGUCCACUUCUAUGCUUCCUUCGCCCUCGUCAUGCUCUGGCCCAAGCUCGAGCUCAGCCUGCAGUAUGACAUGGCUCUGGCCACUCUUGGGGAGGACCUGACACGACGACAGUACCUGAUGAGUGGCCUCACGGCGCCCGUGAAGAGGAGGAACGUCAUUCCCCAUGACAUUGGGGACCCAGAUGACGAGCCGUGGCUCCGCGUCAACGCCUACGUGAUCCACGACACCGCCGACUGGAAGGACCUGAACCUGAAGUUUGUGCUGCAGGUUUAUCGGGACUACUGCCUGACGGGCAACCAGGGCUUCCUGAGGGAUAUGUGGCCCGUGUGCUUGGCCGUGAUGGAGUCUGAAAUGAAGUUUGACAAAGAUGAUGACGGACUCAUUGAGAACGGAGGCUACGCAGACCAGACGUACGACGGAUGGGUCACCACAGGGCCCAGUGCCUACUGUGGAGGGCUGUGGCUGGCAGCCGUGGCUGUGAUGGUCCAGAUGGCAGCUCUGUGUGGGGCACAGAGCAUCCAGGAGGAGUUUUCCUCCAUCCUCAGCCGGGGCCGAGAAGCUUACGAGAGGCUGCUGUGGAACGGCCGCUAUUACAACUACGAUAGCAGCGCCCAGCCUCAGUCCCGCAGCGUCAUGUCUGACCAGUGUGCCGGCCAGUGGUUCCUGAGGGCCUGUGGCCUAGGAGAGGGAGAGACGGAGGUAUUUCCUGCCCCACACGUGGUCCGCGCUCUCCAAACAAUCUUCGAGCUCAAUGUCCAGGCCUUUGCAGGAGGGGCCAUGGGCGCUGUGAAUGGGAUGCAGCCCAACGGUGUCCCUGAUACAUCCAGCGUCCAGUCUGAUGAAGUCUGGGUGGGCGUGGUCUAUGGGCUGGCAGCCACCAUGAUCCAGGAGGGCCUGACUCUGGAGGGCUUCCGGACGGCUGAAGGCUGCUACCGCACCGUGUGGGAGCGUCUGGGCCUGGCCUUCCAGACUCCCGAGGCGUACUGCCGCCAGCACGUGUUCCGCUCUCUGGCCUACAUGCGGCCACUGAGCAUCUGGGCCAUGCAGCUGGCCCUGCAGCAGCGGCGGCAUAGGAGGGCCUCCAGGCCACCCGCCGAGCAGAACACAGGGCCGCACACAGGGCCUCAGCCUGCACGCAAGGGAGCCACGGCAAACCUGAGCCCGGAGUGA